UUAUACUAUAAGUAGAAAUUAUAUUUAUACUUUAAUACAGUUACAAAAUAACUAUUGUGAUUUUGAGAAACAGUAUCAUGAUUUUUUACGAAGCAUAUGCCUGCUUGAGCAACAUCUGAGUUAGUACGUUCGAGAUUGUCAAUAUCCUUGUGAUCCAUAUUGAAUAUUUUCUCUGUAAUAGUUUGUGGGAAAUAACUACUAAUUCAGAAUGUCUCUUUUUGGAGCUCUUAUGGGUGAAAUUGAUGACGAUCCUUUCCUAGGAAGUCAUAUGCGAAGAAUGAACAACAUGAUGAACAGCUUUUUUAGAGACCCUUUUGGUGAUAUGUUAGGAAGGAGCAUGGGAUCUGAAUUGAUGCCAUUUGCUGGAAAUAGUCGUGAUACUAGAGGUCGAGAAUUAGCUAGAUAUGGUCAUGGUCCAGGUCCAGAUGAUUUUGGAAUGGGGAUGAGCUUGAUGCCUAUGGGUUUUCCAAAUAUCCGUAAUAUGUUUUCAGACUUGAGUAAUAACCCCAAUUGCCAUAGUUUUUCGUCAAGCACUGUAAUGACAAUGACAUCCGGACCUGAUGGCAGACCCCAGGUUUAUCAAGCAUCCCAAACAGUCAAACAAGGGCCUGGAGGUGUUCGUGAAACAAAAAAGACUGUUGCUGAUUCCAGAACUGGUGUGAAAAAGAUGUCAAUAGGUCAUCAUAUUCAUGACAGAGCUCAUAUUAUCGAACGGGAACAAAAUGUUUUCUCUGGGGAACAAGAAGAAAGACAAGAUUUCAUCAAUUUAGAAGAAGAAGAAGCAGAGGAUUUCAAUAAGGAAUGGGAAACCAGAACUAGAAACGUGAGGAGAAAUAACGCCAUUGAAUAUGGAAGAAAUGGCAGGCGCCGUGCACCCAGAUCAUCCCCUCAGCUUGCUCUUCCGUCUACUCAAGCCCCGCAUCACCAUUCUUCAAGAUAUAGUGGAAGGAGUAGCUGUAGAAAAAGUCGCCAAUCGGCUUUACCUUCUUCCCCCACCCCAACUUCUGUACUUGUUUCCAGGUAUGGCCGGAAAUAUUGAUGAGCUGUAAUUGAUUCAGAAGACGAUGCUACUGAUGAAGCCCCAAAAAAGAGGAAAUUGAAUUCUGAAGAAAAAUCUGAAAAAAAUGAACCUAAAUAUAAACAGACUAAAUGUUCUGCGAAAACGUCAGCUCCAGUUUCUGAAAAAUCUACACCAAAGUAAAUUAUCUAAUAAUAGUUUGUAUUUCACACUCAUUCUUUAUGUGAAGUGUUCUCCUUUAACUGUUGUACCUUUUCUUUGUUUGUAUAUAUUAUGACAAACAUAAAUAAUAAACUUCGUGUGUAUGUAUGUUAUAUGCUAUUAGAAUAGUAUUAAAAGUUGGAAAAAGGUCUUUUCUUUAUUUUUGUAUUCUAUCUGUCAGCUAAUUACAAUUAGUAAUUUAAAAUGAAGGGAAAAAACAAUUAAAAUUGAAAAAAAGAAAUUCUCUAAAUUUAAGAAUUAAAAUGUUUCUAGUUUUUGAAAUUUGACAUUUGGGAACAAAAAUUGUUCCUAGAGUUGUUAAACUUUUAAUAGUUGAAUUACUCAGAUAAAACAAUUUUUCAAGUAACAUAUAGCAAAUAUAUUGGUCAUCACAUUUUGUAUUGUAUUUCUUGUAACUUAAUAAAAAAACAAGGUUUCAGACUGUUCUAAUUUGUUCUAAACUAUGCCUUGUCAAUCAAUAUAUAUUUAUUUGAUUAUUCUGCUUUAGUCACGAAUAAUUAAGUAUUAUCGUUUACUAUACUUAUAAUUGUAGAUUUUAUAAUAUUAGCUUAUGAUUAUAAUAGACUUAUUAUGAAUUUUUUAAAAAAUUCAAAAUCAUAUCUUCAAUACUCACCUUUGUCAUUCAAAUUAUUCAAAAUCAUUUAGUCGGAAUUUCACUGUUAUCAAUUAUCAGAAUCUCCUCUUUAAACCUUAAUUAAAACAUUAUUUUCCAUAAUUUAGCUUAAUGAAAAAUGUAUUGAGUAUAUUAUUGUUUUAUCAUUAAACUGGUCAUAUAUAUUACCUCAUUUGUAUUAUAUAUUAUUUCCUAAAGCCAAAUAAAUUCAUUAUUGUGAUAAGCGUAAAGAGGUUAUGUAGUUCUUUCAUUAAUUUAUGUUUUACCAUGACCUUAUGUAUAUUUUCAGUUGAUCUUAGUAUUGAUCAAAAACGUAUUAUUUUUGUGAUUUUAUAGUCAUUAUUUGGUUUUUGCUUUUUUGAGAUAGGUAUGAAAUAUUAUGUUAAACAAAUAUUCAAAGAUUUUUUUUUUCAAAUAUACACUUCUACACAUUGUUCUGUUUUAAUUUUCCUAUGACAUAUAUAUUGUUAAUUCUUUAUGAAUAUGUUAUCAAAGAUGACAGCCUAUCGUAUCUAAAAUAACCUUAUUUAUAUAAAGGUCAUUUAGUCCUAGAUUGGAUAUGGAAAAGAGCAGGUAUGUAGUAGAGAGAAUGCACUGGGCUCUGAGCCCAACUAAACAUUAAAACAAAAAUACUGUCUUCUCUACAACUAACUGGCUGCCAGGCCUAAGUAAAAAGGAAAUUAGACAUAUUCUUGGGGUACUAACAGGUCUCUGCAUACUUAAAAGACAUCUGAAGUGGGAAGGUUGACAAUGAACUCUGCCAUCUUGGCAGACAAGCAUCAGAAACUACUAUCCUUCACUAUAUAACAGAAUGUGACGGACUUGCAUCGCUUAGGUAAAGACUUAGUGUUCGGACAAAAUCUUAGUACAAGAAGCCUCCUCCAAAAAAUGCCCAUGUCUUUUAAACUUCAUGAGAAGAACAAAAAUUCAAAGAUGGUGGCGAUAUAGACUAUUAUUAUUGUCUCUAAGGUUGGCAAAAAGGACCAACAGGACUUGAUCACCAGUACCAGUACCAGAUCAGCAGGUCAUGUGGCCAAAAUGAAAGACGACAUGAUACCAACGAAGGUAUUGGUUGAAAUCCUGCAUGGAGCGUGACGAGUAGGAAGACCAAAGUUAAGAUGGAGGGACAGCGUGGUCAAAGAUGCCAGGAAGCUAGGAGUUCGAGACUGGAUGGUGGCAGCACAAAGCAGACACCUGGCGGAUGCCAUGACUCGCUAAGAAGGUUGUAGAGCCAGUAUAGAUAGAUAUAUAUCGCUACUUAAACAAAUAUAAAUACUCCUAAUGAAAUAAAUUAAAUAUAGUUGCUUUCUUUACCAGUGACACUCUUGUCGAACUAAAAAUAUAUCGUGACACUUAAUUAUUUAUUAUAAUCAAAUAAAUAAAUAAAUGUACAGUAGUAAAUGGAAAUGGAUCGUGUCAAAUAUAAUAAAUUAGACGGCUAUGAAAAACAUAUGUUGAUUGAUUGUUUGAAAUAAUCUUUCUUACUGUCUAUAUUUUUUAUUUUCACUCUCCUUUGUCUUAAAAUACUUAUUUCUGCUAAGAGGGUGAUAAGUGAAAGAUGUGUGAUGCGUGCACCACACCAGAUUUUUUUUUCAUAUUUUAUUAAAUGACUGUUUUAAGUAUUGAAGGAUAUAUCUGGGAUUAUGAUAGGUAGAAAUGGUUAUGACACAGUUAAUUAAAAUAGAGGGAUAAAUAUGUCCUCAACUUUAUUCAAAUAAAAGAAAGAACAAGAAUCUCAGACAGUGUCAAAAAUACAAUUUUACUCAAGAUAGUUGAAAAUAUAAACAUUUACGGACACAUUUCAUUAAUUUCCGUAUUGAUAUCCAACAACUGCAAAAUAAAUUCAGUAUCUGAAAGAAUGUCAGCGACCGUGGACAGCAAUUCUCGAAAAGUUGCUGGUAGUAGUCCUAAUUGUUGCCCACACAUUUCCAUUAUGUUUACUUCUGUUGCCUCAAAUUCCUGCUGACAAAGAAUAAACAUUCAUUUUAUUUUUAAUAAAUAAUAGUUUCUGUGUUUAGAUGCACAUGUAAGAUUAAUUGGAGGCAAUACCUUAUUAUCUUGUAGAAAAUCUGUAAAACUUAAUCUAGCUCUCUGUGUAUUAGAGUUAGAAUCUGUGCAGAUUAUAGUAAAUGCUCCAGAGCUGUUCUUUGGCACUGCAAAAUAUACACCCGCUACCACUUCUCCCUUAAUGUUACGGGAAAGCCAGCUUUUAAAAUUGUAGACUAAAUUUCUUUUUUCAGUAACUUCCACUGCAUUUUCAAAUGGUCGAGCGACGUAAAUCAAGUUUUGUAAUGUGUUAACUUUGGUUCCUCUUAUCUCUUUUACUUCCCAAAUAACAUAAUUCCUAGUAUUUUCUGGGAAAAAAUACCUAUAUUCUCGUUUCACCCAUGUUUCAUUAGUUUGUGUAAACCAACCUAAAAAU